CAAUUGUGAACCUUCCUAUCCGAAACCCCCCAAGAAACCUGUUUCCUUAACUGUCAAAUUUUUAAUACAAACUGGAACCCCUAAUUUUGUCUUUAUUUAUUAUUUAUUGAGAUCAAAGGUUUCGUAAAUUUGUCCUUUUCCUUUCCAGCAAUAAAAUGUUAUGUCCACCCAAAUUAAUUGGAAGCCAUUCCAAUAAAAUAUAUGAUAUAGUUAUUAUGAGUGACAGCAAUAACUAUAUAAUUGAUUCAAAUAGAUGUCAGAAACCUAUUGAAAAGCUUUGACCAAUACUUUGUUUUUGUGCUAGACCUGCUACUCUAAAAGAAUGACAAAUACUCAGUUAUGGUUUCGGGGAGUGAGGAACUCUAAGUUUCGCCAUGUUUAUGGCCAACCAGUAAAACGAGAAAACUGUUAUGACAAUGUUAAUAUUACGAAAAACGCACACGACUCUCAGUUUUGUGCAGUUAAUCCAAAGUUUAUCGCCAUAGUUACUGAAGUAGCUGGCGGAGGUGCUUUUAUUGUUCUGCCACUUGAUAAAACAGGACGUGUAGAUUUUAAUGCAUAUAAAAUAUCAGGACAUUCUGGGCCUGUACUGGAUAUUAAAUGGAAUCCUUUCAAUGACAAUGUUAUCGCUUCAUGCAGUGAUGAUUGUACCAUAAAACUGUGGUACGUGCCAGAAGGUGGUUUAUCUUCAAAUGUGACUGAUUGGAUUGUCGACUUGCACGCCCAUAAGCGCCGGGUCGGCUACAUUGAAUGGCAUCCUACAGCUGAAAAUAUUAUUGCUAGCGUGGGAUUUGAUUAUUUGGUUAUUAUUUGGGACGUUGGAAAAGGAGAGGCUCUAAACAUUAUAGAUUGCCAUAGCGACGUCGUACACAGUUUUUCAUUUAAUAGAGAUGGUUCCCGAAUCGCAACUACUUCAAAAGAUAAAAAGCUGAGAAUAAUUGACCCAAGAACAGGAUUGGUUAUAUCAGAAGGUGUUUGUCACAAUGGAAAUAGAUGCAGUAAAGCUGUAUAUUUGAAAAAUGGCCUUGUGGCAACGGUUGGAUUCUCGAAACGUAGUGAUCGUGAAUUAGCUGUAUGGAACGAGAACUCGUUAGUGACUCCACUUGCUAAUGAAUAUAUUGAUUCAUCCUCUGGAAUUAUUUUUCCAUACUUUGACUUUGAUACAAAUAUUCUAUUUUUGGCUGGAAAGGGAGAUGGUAAUAUCAGGUAUUACGAAAUUGUUGACUCAGCUCCUUGGGUUCAUUUUCUCAAUCAAUACCUUUCAGGUUUACCUCAGAGGAGUUUGGGUAUAAUGCCGAAACGAGGUUGUAAUGUGACUCAGUGUGAAAUAUUCCGCUUCUAUAAACUACAUACGACUAAGCCGCUUAUGUGAACCAGUGUCUAUGAUUGUGCCUCGAAAGAGCGAUCAAUUCCAAGAUGAUCUGUAUCCUGAUACUGCAGCCCCCGUUCCUUCGGUUUCUGCGUCUGACUGGGCCAACGGUGUUAAUAAACCACCAAUUCUUAUGUCAAUGAAGACAGGUGUUGCUGUGAAAACGCACAAACCCAAAAUUUCAACUGCUGCAGAAAAUUUAAAUAGUGGCUCUGUUGGAAAUAAAUAUCACAUGAAAAUGGCGUUCCUGAGUCAACAAACGAUACCCGAUUACAGACCUCUCGACCAAAGGGAUACGGUACCGGAUAUUGUUCAAAAUACAAUAAACAAUCACAUUUGUCACACAAAAGAGGAAAUAAUGAAUAAUGCUGAGAAUGAAAAAAAUGCCAAAACUUCUUCAAAUCAGAGUACAAAAUUUCAACAGAUUCAGCGUAAAUUUGGCAAACCAGUGUUCAGUGAAGAGAAAUUCAACAAAUUGAAUGAAACUGAAUUGGAAGUUAAAUCUUAUAACCAGCUUCAACGUUCCUAUGAUCGAUUGAGUGAAGAAGUUCUCCUUUUACGGAAACAAUUGACGGUGAAGGAUAAACGUAUCGAAGAACUGGAGUCAGAGAUUAAAUAUUUGAAAUCAUCUAUUGAGAAAACUGCCUAAGACAGGAAUUUUUUUUUUUUUCACACAGCAAAAUAUUGCAUUACAUUAAAGCUUACAUGCUAGUGAUGCUAUAAGUACAAUGAAUAGCGACUAUUUAUGCUUUUGCGUUCAAAUUUUUACGCACACUAUUUUAAAAUGUGAUGUGACAUGUUAUUUUUGCUAAAUUUAUAGACACUGAAAGUAAAAAUUAUUUUUCAAAGAAAAUUUAUUAGAAGAAUAAGUGUGUGAAUUUUUGUUCUUUGUAUAGCGGUAAUUCUUUGACCAUUGGUUCUAUAAAGCUGUUAUAUCGUUUGCAACUAAUGUUGAUAUAUCAAAUGUUUUAGUUUUAGAUAAGGUGUUUAUAUUUGAAAUCACCCAUUAGGGGCUAAAAGUAUUUUUCAAAUAUAUUAUGCUGUCACCGUGUACAAGAUGAAAUUCAGGUGAAAGGCCUUUUAUUGUUAGCAUAAAUUAUUUGUCUAACGUUAUCAGGAUGAUAAAAUCCAACUUAGAUUUUGAUGGUUCUUAAAGACUGCUAUUAUAUUACGACAGUGGUGAAACUAUGUAAUUUGGUAACUUCAAAAAAUUUUAUGUAGACUAGAAUUUAGAAUUCAUCGUAAAAGUCAAACAUUAUAGAGCAAGAAAGAUAGAAAUUUAUUUUUAUUAAUAUAUUUAGUAAGUUCACUUGUCUCUCUUCUGAAUAUUGUAAAAGUUAAGAUAUGUAUAUAUAUUCAGUAUGUUCCAUGACUAAAAGUCCAUACUUUAAGGGACAUAUUUUUCUUGUCAUUUUGAUAAGAAAAAAUUAGUAAACUGUGUCCCGCAAUGUUUCCUAACAGAAAUACAAGAAGUGGCAGUUGUUAAGAAUAUGUUACGCAUUUUUUAUUGUUCUAUUAUUGCUUAUAUUUUUUAUAAUCUGUUUUUUUUUU